AUGAACGAUCAAACUGCAAAUGCGGCUGUUCUAAAUGAAGUGAACAAUGAGGCUAACGAAGUCGCACAUUCACAAAAUGAAGAAGUAAGGCGGACGAAUCAAAAGCAACAACAACAUGGGGUAACGAUCGUUGAACCUACAAAUACGGAUAAAGAUGAACAUUCACAGCAGCACGAUGCACAACAAUCAGAGAGCACAACAAGUCUAAACACUUCCUUGAUCACUCCACCGGCAGGGUUUGUGGAUGGAGAAGUAACACCUCCUCUACCAAACGGACAGAAAAGGCUACAUCCUCUAUUCGAUGAAGAUAAAAUCGUUUCAGAAGCGGUCGCACGUCAAGAAGGCGUUGAGGGUUCUACAAAGAAUGGCGGAGAUCCGAACAAAAAGAGUACAGAAAAAGAAAGGCCAAAUGCUUUACGAUUAUUAGACUCUCUCGGAAAUGAAGCUGGCUAUCCGAGUCCAAGCGGAGGUUUCGUUCCACCUAUCACAGACGAAAAUUGGGCAUUACAACAACCACCUGUUCCAAGAUCAGCUGAUGGAAUAAAUUCUCGAUCAAUACAACAGAACGAAGAAAUGAAUAAGGGCAAAAUGUCUACUUCAUCUUCGAAUCAUUCAAACAGUCUUUCCGGUCAAUUUUUAACAGGUUCUUUCUCCAACCCUUCCACUCUUGGUCAAAUUGAACAAAGCUCGUCAAACCUCUCCAACAAUAACGGGGAAAGUAUCAACAGGCCGUCUCUUGCUGGACAUAAGCUGUCAUCCUCUCAAUCAUCAGCCUCUGGAGGUGUAUACGAAUCCGGAGGGAUUGCAACACAUUCACAGGCUAUUUCGGCAAGGAGUAGCCCUUCAACACUGGCGCCGAUUCGAAGGCGAUCCUCUGGUUCUGCAGAUGUUUUGAGUAUGAACGCAAUGACACCACAAGAAGAAGGAUCAUAUCUACCGCCUUUGAAAAUACGAGAUUUUGCCUAUGAAGAAGUUGAUCCUCGUCACGUAGGUGCAAGGGAUGUAGGGUUACCCAGUCCGGAGAAAAAGCAUACGAGCGGGAGCGGUUUUGGUAUGUCUCCGUUUGGCGGACAAGUUUUUGGCGGACACGAAUGGGGAUCUACAGAAGAAGAAUACGACGACGACGAUGAUGAUGAUGAGGAAGAUGACGAUCAAGAAGGAUACGGAAAUGGAAGUACAGGGGAUAUGUCCGCGCCAUCUAGUGACCUUCCGCUUGGCCUUUAUCAUGCUGCUUAUGACUUCAUCGCUGAAAGUGAUCAUGAAUUGAAUAUCAAAGUUGGUCAAAAGGUCAGAUUGAUCGGUCACGUCGAUGGAGGCUGGGCAAUCGUCGUUCGUGUUCAAGAUGGACAAGAUGAUGUAGCAGCCGAUGAAGAAGAAACAGAGAAAGGUUUGGUACCACAAGCCUAUUUGCAAUGGCUAGCUCAAUGA